UUGGUCCUGCUGCACUCUUUCUCCUCGAGGCUGUCGGAAGACGAGCUCUCUUCCUUCAAGUUUCUCUUGAAGAAGGAUAUUGGGAAGAGGAAGCUUGAGGCAGCCCAAAGCGCCGGGGAGAUCUUCGUCAUCCUCCUCGAGCAGCGGCUGAUCGCGAGCGACAAGACGUCGUUGCUUGAAGACUUUUUUAAGACGAUUAAAAGAGAAGAUUUGAUCGCAGAACUGAAGCAGUUCAGAGAGGAAGGAGAAGUUAAUGCUUCUGAUGAUCAACCAGAUGUGCAUGAAAAACGUCUUCAGAACAUGGCUUUUGAAGUCAUAUGUGAAAAUGUCGGGAGAAACUGGAAGAUGCUGGUGAGAAAACUUGGCGUUUCUGAAGUGAAAAUUGAUGGAAUAGUGGCAGCCAAUCCAUUUAACUUGCAUGAACAGUUGUUCCAGUCCCUGCGAGCGUGGCAGAAAUGGAAAGGAAAAGAUGCAAAGGUGACUGACUUAAUAAAAGCCCUUCGGGGCUGUAAUAUGAAUUUGGUGGCAGACAUAGUUGAACAGAAGCUCUCGCUGCUGGAUGCUGGAAGCUGA